UUAAAAAUAUCUAUAUAUAUUAUUAUAUUAUAUAUCUAUACUCUCUCUAUCUCUCCUAAAAGCCCUAAAUUAUAUUCACACAAUUCAAAGCCCCAAAUUUUUUUUUUAAAAAAAAAUAAAAUUCAAGAAUGAAAAGGGAGCGGCCGGAAGAUCACCACCACCUCCACCACCACCACUCCAACGGCGGGGCCGGUGGCGGAGGGAUCUUCUCCAACCAAUUCCCCCUCCACUCUCCGCCGCCGCACCUCCGCCGCUCCUCCACCUCCGACGAGACCGACAGCCACGACUCCACCCGCCGGAACCCUAGCGAGGGUUCCUUCCCUCCGCCACCGCUUCUAACCACCAACGACGGCGCCACCAUCGAGGUGGUGCGCCGCCCCCGCGGCCGCCCGCCGGGCUCAAAAAACAAGCCGAAGCCGCCGUCACCGUCGCCGGCGACGGCCGCGCGCGAGCCGGAGCCAUCCAUGGGUCCAUACAUCCUCGAGCUCCCCGCCGGCGUCGACGUCGUCGAAUCCACCGCGAAAUUCUGCCGGCGGCGGAACGUCGGCCUCUGCGUUCUCAGCGGCCACGGCGCCGUCGCGAACGUCGCCCUGAAGCAGCCUUCGGCGACGCCCGGCGCCACCGUCGCCUUCCACGGCCGGUUCGACAUCCUCUCGAUCUCCGCCACCGUCGUUCCGGCCGGCGGCUUGCCGGCCGGCAACGGCGCGUUCACACUGUUCCUGGCGGGGCCGCAGGGGCAGGUCGUCGGCGGCCUGGUGGUCGGCCCGCUGAUAUCCGCCGGGACCAUUUACCUAAUCGCCGCCACGUUCGACAGUCCGUUGUUUGUACGGCUGCAGCCGGCGGAGCAGGAGGAGGAGCCGGAGGCGGCGCGCGACCACCACCGGGAAUCUCCGCGCGGCGGCGACAGCGGCGGCGCUCCGAUUUACAGCUAUCAGCCGUCGGAUGUUAUUUGGGCGCCGACGGCUCGCCAGCCGCCGCCGUACUGAUGUAUUUUCUGCAGAUUUAUUAAGUAUUUAAUUAUUAUUAUUAUUGUUAUUAUUAUAUUUCAUUUAUGAUUUUAGCUGUCCAUAUUUGGAUUUUUAUUUUAAUUUUUAAUAGCUAACGCCUCUUCCCAGAUAUUUUUGUAUUUUAAAUUCCUUAUAUUAUAAGAGUUUUAUAGUACUCAUCCGUGA